GAAAAAUUACUCAUAACCUUUUUAAGUAGGAAGUAUCCGAACAAUUAUUCCAAAAAUAGCGUUAUCUAUCAAUGUACAAUUUAUUUUCAUCGCACAUUCGUGUUUGUAUUCUGCAUUAAGUUUGAUAGGGUGUGGUAAUAGUUUUUUCAAAACAAUUGAAUUUUUACAAGAAUUAUGGAGAGUCUCCACAUCACAGAACCGGAUGCUGAGGAUGAUCUCUACUCUGGCUUCAAUGAAUAUCCGUCCACGUUCAGUACAAAAGACAUUGAAAAAGAUGAAAUUCUGCAGCAAGCUCUUCGAUCUUCUUAUGGAAAACGAAUUGGAGUUUUCACAUCAAAAGCUACUCCUGGAAUGCGAUUUGGAACCGGAAUGAGUGUUAGAGAGCCGAUGACUGGGUUGCAGCUGCAGGACUCAGUGACGCGCCCAAUGACAGCUGUCAGAGGCGCCGGAUACACGAGCCAAAAAACCGCCGCGCAAAUGUUCGAUCCUCUCAAUCAGGCGUCUAAAAUGCACGCUCAUUCCUUAGAGAAAAUCGAUGACAGGCCAGAAGACAAGGUGAGGCGCCUGGAAAGAAAGAUCACGGAACUGAUCGACGAGUCUUGCGUUUUCAACUGGAAAGGUGACCACCGAUCGGCUCUAGACAAGGCAAAGGACGCCUCUUCCAAAGAGAGAAGUCUCAUCAGGAUGCAAGAACAGACCGGAUUGUCCGAUUCUCAUAAUUUAGAUCUGACAUUCUCUGUACUAUUCAAUUUGGCCAACCAGUAUGCUCUGAACGAAAUGUACACAGAGUCUCUGAACACGUACAAUGUGAUAACGAAAAACAAAAUGUUCCCGAACGCCCAUCGACUGAAGGUGAAUAUGGGCAACAUUUAUGUGAAGCUCGGUCAGUAUCAGAAGGCGGUGAAAAUGUAUCGUAUGGCUCUGGAUCAAGUGCCCAACACUCACAAGGAUCUCAGGAUAAAAAUAACUCACAAUAUUGGAAUCCUAUUUGUAAAAAUGGGACAGUAUGGAGAAGCAUGCUCAAACUUCGAACGAAUCAUGAACGAGAAACCCGACUUCAAAGCAGGUCUUCACGCUAUAAUAUGCUACUUUGCUAUGGAUGACAAGGAGAAGAUGAGGCUCGGGUUCCAGAUGCUGCUGGAUGUGCCACUUGAUAUCGAUGAUGAGGAUCGAUACAUUUCAACAUCUGAUGACGUCAGCUCUAAUCUUCUAUUGGAGGUUAUUCGUAACGAUAGUCUGCGGUCACUGGAAAGAGAAAUCAAGAGAAUUGCUGAGAGAAGCAUUCUGACUGCGGCAAAGCUGAUAGCUCCUGUUAUUGAGGACAAUUUCACCGCUGGCUACAACUGGUGCGUGGAAGCUAUCAAGAACUCGCUGUACGCGCCGCUGGCCGGUGACCUUGAGAUCAAUCGCGCGGUGACCUUGCUGAAGCAGGGCGAACUGCCGCAGGCCGUCGACACCCUCAGGGCUUUCGAGAAGAAGGACAGCAAAGUAGCCAGCACUGCCGCCACUAAUUGCUCCUUCAUCUAUUUCUUGGUCAGUGAUGUUUAGAAUUGUUGCUAUUCUCCUCCUCAUGUAGAAAUAUGUAAUAUGGUUCACUUGUCGA